AGCCCGGUAAUUUUUCAAGGAAGAAAAGACGAAGCUUUUGGGCUUGUCUCAGAGUGAGUGAGCGUUGGGCGCCAGCAAGUGCCUGUAUACCUGACACCUGGCAUGGAGGAUGGGCAGAGCCAACAGCCUGACGGAGAGGCCGUGGCUCCCGCGCGACUGCGGACGCCGCUUUCGGAGGGUGGGGAGGAGUCGCAGCCUCAGAAUCCUGAGAAAAAGCAGCGAUGUAGGUUUGAUGGCCAAGAUACAAAAGGAUCCAAGUUCAUUACCUCCAGUACAAGUGAUUUCAGUGACCCAGUUUACAAAGAGAUUGCUAUCACGAAUGGUUGCAUUAAUAGGAUGAGUAAGGAGGAACUCAGAGCUAAACUUUCAGAGUUCAAGCUUGAAACCAGAGGAGUAAAGGAUGUACUAAAGAAAAGGUUGAAAAACUAUUACAAGAAGCAGAAACUGAUGGUGAAAGAUGACAGUUGUUGUGACAGUUACUAUGACUAUAUUUGUAUCAUUGACUUUGAAGCCACUUGUGAAGAAGGGAACCCACCUGAAUUCAUCCAUGAAAUAAUUGAAUUUCCUGUUGUUUUGCUGAAUACUCAUACCUUAGAAAUAGAAGAUACGUUUCAGCAGUAUGUGAGACCAGAGAUUAACACACAACUUUCCGAUUUCUGCAUCAAUCUAACUGGGAUUACUCAGGAUCAGGUGGACAGAGCUGAUACCUUCCCACAGGUACUAAAAAAAGUAAUUGACUGGAUGAAAUUAAAGGAGUUAGGAACAAAGUAUAAGUAUUCCAUAUUGACAGAUGGUUCAUGGGAUAUGAGUAAAUUCCUGAAUAUUCAGUGCCGGCUAAGUAGACUCAAAUAUCCUCCUUUUGCUAAAAAAUGGAUCAAUAUUCGAAAGUCAUAUGGAAACUUUUACAAGGUUCCUAGAAGUCAAACCAAACUGACCAUCAUGCUUGAAAAACUAGGCAUGGAUUAUGAUGGACGGCCUCACAGUGGUCUUGAUGACUCCAAGAACAUUGCAAGAAUAGCAGUCAGAAUGCUUCAGGAUGGAUGUGAACUUCGCAUUAAUGAGAAAAUGCAUGCGGGACAGCUAAUGAGUGUGUCCUCUUCGUUGCCACUAGAGGGCACUCCAGCUCCACAAAUGCCGCAUUCUAGGACAUAAUAGCAUUUUUGCUCUUUUACUCUUGGAUCGUUCACUCAAACUGGAGUUGCUACAAAGAGAUAGCAGAUGAAUACUUAUUGAAUUAGUCCUGCAGCGCAAGAUUCAAGCACCUUAAAUACUUAGAAUCUUUACAGUUAUAGAUAUAUAUGUGUGUAUAUGAACAGAUUUUGUAGGGAGGGCAUGUUGAAUUCUUUGCCACCAGCACUUUUGAUAUGAACAGUAUUGGUUACACAGUAAGAGUUCCUGCUUAGAACUGAGUUCUUUAUUUUAAGGUAUCCAAGGUGUGUUCUCUCUGGUUUUAAAAUACAAAGGCUUGUUGGUGCACUCCUUGAAUGUCCUAUCUAAUUAAUCUUAGAAUACAUAAUUAAUUCUUCGUUAACAUCAGUAGAUAAAAUCACAUUUUGAAAUGUACAAAAGAUUGGAAGGUGGGUCUUUACUAGUUUUUGGUUUUAAGAACUUUAUAGUGCUUUUCAGUUUUGAAGUUUGUGACGUUCAGCUAUGUGUUAUGAAUUUCAUGAAGUGCUUGGCACACUCACUCAUCUACCACAUUUCUUUUCAGUUCAUAAUUGGAAGACUUGUGAUAAAUUUAUUGGGUCUAAUUAAAAAUUCAGUUGCUGAUGAAAUUAAGGAAAAAUCAGAAGAAAAUUUACCUUUUAAAGGACUCUUCAAGAGCUAUAAUUGGAACUUACAGUACACAGAUAAACCAGUGGGUUUACUUUGGACUUGACUUUUGGGUUCCCCUCCCUCUUGUGACAUAGAUCUGCCCAAAUUCUUAGAUCUGAGAGAUCAUGCUUUGAAAUAGACUUCAAAUUAAGGGUCAUCAUUUAAUUUUGCAUUUGUAGAGAAGAUGAUGAGUGAAAGUGAAAUGUUUUCUACCUUACGUUUUUAUUACUGAAAACUGAUUUCACAUAGUCCGUGGCUACUAAUGUUAAAUAUUUAAUUCUUAACUUAUUCUAAAAACAAAAGUGCUUACAGAGUUGAGAAAGUAAAACUCUUCUUUAUCUCAAAGCUAAAAAUACAUAUUUUCAGAAUUGAAUUUCCCUUGCAGCUUUCAAGGUACAAUUUCAUUAACAUUGUUCCUUUGCCUUACUUUCUGAUAAUAAUUAUGAUGCUGCUUUAUUUUAAUGAUUUAUGUAUUAUAAUCACAUGAAUUUUAUAAAGGUCUUCUAACUGAUGCAUAGGAGAAAAGUGGUUUUUUUUUUUGUUUGUGUUUUAGUUUGAGUUGAGUUGUGGUUUCUUGCUUGAAGGAAUGAAUUUCUGCCUUUGAGUAGCAGUCAUAGAAUCAGUAUAAUAACUAAUAAUUGGACAAAGACAACCUGAUAUGGAUUAUAAUAAAACAGGAGAGCUAAGUAUUUUAGGAUUUAGAAUAGAAUUGGGUAUAUGCUGAGAUUUUCAUGAAUUCAAAAUACCCCCAUAUAAAUUUUCCAUAAAUUGUUGCUGAAAGUUUUAACAUUAUUCAGGUACUUAAUGAAUUACUGUGCCAGGGCAAAGGAAUAGAAAAUAGCAAAUUGCUCUGCAGAUGUGGCCUCUGGGUUCCCUAGGCAACUCUUUAGGGGGCUUUCCACAUAAUCACCUUACUAGAGAAUUUAAGUUUGUGCUGUGCAAAACUGAUUUCAUCAGUUUCCAGAGUUGCUUAUCAAUGGCCAAAACUAUAAUUGGGAAGUCUGAGAAUGGCAAAGGAAUCUUGCAUUGUCCUUUUUUGUUUCUAAGUCAAGCUGCUAAUUCUUUGCCUAUAUUCUUUUUGCCAAAUAUCCCAAGUACCAUCAAGCUCAUUUUGUACUUUUUUAGACUUUCAGUGUUAGCUCUUACUACCCUUUUUGCUUAACCAAAUAUUUUAUCUAGUGAAGCUUUAUAGCCCUAAUUUUUAAAAUUUAUUGAGGAAUAAUUGACAAACACAGUUAAAUAUAUUUAAAGUGUAAAUGUGAUGAUUUCCUAAAUAUCUACAGAUUGAUUACCAAGUUUAACAUAAUUAACACACCCAUUACCUCAUAUAGUUAACUUGUUUUUCUUUUUGGUAGUGAGAAUGCCUAAUUAAUUUAUUCUCAGCAUCUUUCAAGUAUACAAAAUCUUAUUAUUAACUAUAGUCAUUAUUUUUUGUAUUCUUUGUAUUAGAUUCUUUUCUUGUAAUUGAGAAUUUCUACCCUUUGACCUAUAUCACCCUGUUUCCACUAUCAGACCUUGGCAACCAACAGUUUUCUGUUUCUGUGAAAUUGGCUCUUUUGUUUGUGUGUAUCACUUCUACAUGUAAGUGAUACUAUAUAGUAUUUGUCUUUCUCCAUCUGGCUUACUUCACUUAGCACUCUAGAUUUAUCCAACAUUGUUAUCGAUAGGGUUUCUUUUAUAUGGCUGAGUAAUAUUCCAUUAUGCAUAUGUAUAUACUAUUUUUAUUUUUUCAAGUUUUUAAAUUUUCUCUUAAUAGAAGUGUGUUUAAUUACAGCAUAUUUGUAAAUUUUCAGUCUUCUGUAAAUGAUUCUGGUUUCAUACCAUAGUAUGAAGAAGAGAGACUUGAUGUUUUUUCAGUCUUAAAUUUGUUAAGACUUAUUUUGUUACCUAACAUGAUCUAUCCUGAAGAAUAUUCACUGUGUGCUUAAAAAAAAUGUAUAUUCUGCUGCUGUUAAAAGGAAUGUUCUGUAUGUAUAUACUAGUUGGGUUCUGUUUGGUUUAAAACACCAUUCAAGCUUAUUUCUUUAUUGAUUUUCUAUCUAGGUGAUUUGUUGUUGAAAGUAGAGUGUAUAAAGUUACCUACAGUUAAUUGUAUCACUGUUUUGUCUUCAGUUCUUUUAAUAAUUGUUUAGUA